CUUUACAAAUAUUACCAUUGUCACUUGAUUCGGCUUGAGUAUCUAGUGAGUAAGAAAGAAAGGAAGGGAGAUUAUCCAAAUGGCCUUUGGAUUUAGGGUUUUUCUCACUUCAUUUCUCGUUUUCUGCAUCUGUGAACAAGGGUUUGGAUGUGGGCUAUCUGAUAUAAAGAUCAGCCAAACCAGAACUGGGAAAGUGGUGGAAGGCAAACCACAAUGGAAUGUUGUAGUGAGCAACAACUGCAAUUGUGCUCAAGCUAAGCUUUUGGUGAGUUGCUUAGGAUUCAGCAGUGUGCAAAAAGUGGAUGCCACCAAGUUCAGGCAAGUAAGUAAGAACACAUGCAUUGUCAACAAUGGAGCAUCAAUUGUUCAAGGCAAACCCAUUAGCUUCACCUUUGCAUUUUUAACACCAGUUGAUCUCAAACCCCUCAGAUCUCAAAUGCUCUGCAAGUGAUUUGAUCAAUCAACUAUAUGUGUAAGCAAUAAAAUAAAAUAAAAAAGCUUCUUCUCUUUUAGUGUUCUAGUGUGGAGAGACUGGGGGAAGAAAACAUUUGUUGGCUGGCAAAUAAUAGUUCCUCCAAUAGAAUUCAAUACUCAUUAAUUGUAAUGUUAAUGUGUGACCAAAAAAAUAUGAAUUGUUUCCCAAUGAAUGUCAA